AAGAAGACCUAAAACACUCCAUCAAAACCCUGACUGACGGCCGCGCUUAAACCUCUCUCUAGAGGCAAGACCUGCAGCUCUUUUCGAGUUCGCAUCUCUUCUUCUCACUCUUCUCUAUCAGGAAACCCUAAUUUCAUUCAAAUCAGGAAAGAGAAAACUAGAAAAAGAUUUUGAUUGUAUUUCUAGGGUUUUUGUUUAUUAUUAUUGAGAAUCUUAAUGGAGAAACUGAUAAUACAUAAGAAUACAACAUCAGUAGAUUGGAAACCAUCACCUAUUAUUGCAUUAGCUACGAGUAUUUGUAAUUCUAAAGUUGCUGCUGCUCGUGAAGAUGGGUCUUUAGAGAUUUGGCUUGUUUCACCUGGUUCUGUUGGUUGGCAUUGUCAACUGACUAUACAUGGAGACCCUAAUUCCAGAGUUUCUUCACUUGUUUGGUGUUAUUCCAACUCCAAAACAAUGCCGGAGGGUCGUUUGUUGUCAUCCAGUAUCGAUGGAUCCAUAUCAGAGUGGGAUCUUUUUCAUUUAAAACAAAAGAUUAUUUUAGACAACAUUGGAGCAUCAAUAUGGCAGAUGGCUGUAGAACCUCUUGACGAAUCUCUACUUUCCACACAAAAUGACACCCAGCGAGCAGUCAAUGGACAUGCAACUAAUGCUGUUAGUGCUCUUAGUGACGAUGACACUAGCGAAAGUGAUGACGAUAAUGAUGACAUUGAAUUGCAUCCAAUGCUUGAAGACCCAUGUCUGGCUAUUGGUUGCGAUGAUGGUUGUGUUCGAAUUUAUAUUGUGUCUGAUUCAGAUGAGUUAACCUACAACAGGACGUUGCCUAGGGUUAGUGGGCGUGUUCUAAGUGUUGCGUGGAGUCUCGAUGCUAAGUCAAUAUUUUCAGGGAGUAGUGAUGGGUAUGUUGGCUUAUUUUUAUCUCAAAACGGAACUUUGAAUCUUGGGUAUUCCUCACCAACACACACAUGUUCUUAAGAGCUGUCUCUUUAGCAUAGGCAAUUGCUUCCUCUUUAGAUUUUGUUCCCUACAUAAGGACAACAUUAUAAGGUUCAUUACAAGCAAUCCAUUAGUAAAGUUCAAGAUACUAGGUGAAAAGUAUUCUUUGGUAACAUACACGAGGCAUUUUAUAGUAUGCCGACGUAUCCCGACCAAGUGGUCUUGCAUUUGUUGGAUCAAUAUAUGUCACAACCUAAGGACCGAAUGAAAAGAAAAUAAAUUGGUUCCACAAAAAAAUUAAAACACUAUGCCGGACCACAGUUCCGGCAUGGUCGAACUGAACCGAAACUGAAAACCAAAUUUGAAACUUUUUUCGGCAUACAAAUUUCAUCUGAAAUCAACGCCGAAAGCAUAGGUGCCGACAUUAUUGUUAUCUAUGGUUCCACGCUGGUACCUGUUUCCGACGUAACGGAUAAUUCAUAUACCAUGCCGGUAUUUAGCUUUGGAAAACACUCAUUUAUGUAUGGUUUUUUUUUUAGGUACCGGCAUGGUAAUGUUAUAAAUGAACAAUGUCGGUGGGUGUGCCAGCAUGUUUGUUAUCUAUGGUUCCAUGUCGGAAGUAGUUACAUAAUUUACCAUGCCGGUAUUUAGCUUUGGAAGACACUGCUUCCUGUAUGUUUUUGAUGCAGUACCGGCAUGGUAAAUUUACAAUUAAACUAUGCCGGUAGCAUAUUCCAUAGAAUAUUCCGUGGUAGGUAAAAAGUAACUUUUGUACUGACAUAGUUUUUUGGUUUAAUACUAUGCCGGAUUGUAUUUCAAAAUGGGGGAUAUUGGGCUGCCGACAUGGCCAUAGUAUGAAUACUAUGGCGGUAUUGGUACUGCCGGUAUUGUAUUCAUACCACGUCGAUGCCGGCACCGAGCUUUUUCAGCUGUAAAAAUGGUGGAUUCAAAGAAAAAAAUCAAAUUUUCAACCUCAUAGUAGCUUUAUCUGUGUAUUGGGAUGCUUGUAUGUUGUGCUAGUUUAAUUUCUUGUAUAAGUUCUUCAAAAAACUCUCCAUGCUCGUAAAAAUCAUCAUUUAAGGGUGUUGGCUCAACAAAGAUUUGCAAUUGUGAGUUGUUUUCAUUAGCUGAAGACUCAAGUUAUGCUCCUCGUUGUAGUUGAGUUAAAGAUUCAGCAACAUCAAUUCCCUCUUCACAAUCAUCCUCCAUUUUCACCAAAAAAAGUUCCCUCUCAAAUAUUUUUUCCCUCCUACUCUCACCUCACUCAUCCAAAUACAAUAAAAAUACACACUAAUCAUUUAACAAAUACUUAGUAUUUUUCUAAUUAUAAUUAAACAUUAGUGUGGGGUAGGUAGAUUAUGAAUUACAUAAAAUACUUAGAUAAGGGAUGAUCCUGAUUGAUAUUUGGAUCCAGUUUUUGUCAUAAAAUACAGAACACAGAAUCAUCCUUUAAGAUAGAUGGGAGAGGGAAGAAAAAGCUGACAAGUACGAAUACCAGCUGACAAACGAGCCCGUAGAAAGAACAUGUACAACUAUUUUACAUUGAACAUUUCUAGGUGAACAAAAACAAGAGAUUAAAAGAGAACAAAAAGAGAAAAGGGACAAUCAUGGCCACAACUGAGCUCCCUUCUUGA